AUGAUUGACCGCGCCGUCGUAGUGGCCGGAGUCAUCUCCUCAUCAAUGGUAAGAGCAUUCUUGGGGAUCUUGUUCAAAUACGGUCAAGAAUGGAGCGUACAAUCAUCGGCACUCGGCGCAUCGUAGGAAAAAACGCCAUGUCCUACCGCACUCAAUUGAGGAACGUAAAGUAAGUGGGAAGUUGAACCGCAGCAACGUGAACCACGCCUGGAACGACACGGGACACGAAUGGCCUAUCCAAGGAUGAUCGAAACAUCCCGCCCCGAAGAAUGGAAACGGUGGCCGACUUAAGCCACUACUUUGGACCGGGCAGGAAACAGCGCUUCAACAUCGACUACACGGAACAGUUAUCGCGCAUGUCUCCUCAUUUUGCGUUGUUGAAAUCAUUAAGAGAAAUGAGCGUUGGGGAGGAAACGCUUCCCAGUACUCGUGGAGGCCACAGUGCCUAUAGUGAACUCUUACUGGAAACGUAA